AUGCUGAAGCGACAGAGAAUUCCCUCUCUCCCAUUCUCUCUUCUCAACAAGACCAGCCUUCGGCAUCCACUCACUGUAGAGGCUCCCUUCCACGCACACCCGCGCAUGCCAUUCCUCCUAGUAAUGCCUGCUGCCUCCGCUACCCCUCCCCACCUCCCCGCCUCGCUGGACUACCCGCGCAUCAAGCUGCUUGCCAUUGGCGACGUCGGCGUAGGCAAGAGCUGUCUGAUCAAGCGCUACUGUGAGGGCCGGUUUGUUACGAAGUACAUCCCCACCAUCGGCAUCGACUUCGGCAUCAGAAAGGUGGAAGUGGACAAAGCAGCAGUGCUGCAGCAGCGCAGUAGCGGGUCAUCAUCAUCAUCAUCGGCGGCAACGGCAGCGGCACAGUGCGGCAUCAACAGCGGCGGUGGCGGCGCCUCCUCAGCCAUCCCCACAGACGUGCGGGUGAACUUCUGGGACGGCUCUGGCGAUGACGACUAUCGCGAAAUCCGCAACGAAUUCUACGAAGCUGCCCAGGGCGUGCUGCUCAUGUACGAUGCGCGUAACGCGCAGAGCUUUUCUGCCCUACAAGGCUGGUGGGAGGAGCUCUGCGCGUACUGCCAAGGAAUGCCAGCAGCAGAAAGCGGUGGUGGGGGUGACGGCCGUGGCCCCGCUUCACCCGGCAACGCGGUCGCAGCUGGUGCCGGUGGGAAGCGGAUGUCCGUCCUCAAUGCAGUAACGAGCGGCACCGCUGCUGGAAAAGCUGUCGGGCGCACGGACGGAAAGGCGCCGGUGGUGGUGCUCUGUGCGAACAAAGUGGAUGAUACAGCGGUACCUGGGGCAGCUGCGCCGCGGCCGCGGGCCGUGAGUGAGGAGCAAGGGCGUGCCUGGGCACGUGAGCACGGCUGUGCCGCCUACUACGAGACGAGCGCCAGCACCGGGAAAAAUGUAAAGGAGGCUAUCGAGGACUUGGUGGUGCGGAUGGUGGCCAAGUUCAUGUGA